AUGGCGGAAGCUAUUGGCUUAGUGGCUUCUGUUGCCAGCCUGCUAGACCUGGCGUUGAAGCUAUCUAAUGCAUUACACAACCUCCAAUUCCAAUUGCGAAACGCGCCUUAUCUCAUUCAAGCGCUAGAGAAUGAGACAGAAGCUGUCAGGACAGUUCUUGCUAGUGUUGAAAGCUCAAUACACUCUACAGCAACUGCGGGACUUGGCGGUGCAGGUAGCCCCGGGAUACUCGGUGACCUCACUGCUGAAAUCGGCAAAGGUGCGGCUGUCCUGAAGGAGCUAGGCACAUUUAUCGACAGUCUCAAGAACGAGACAUCUACCUUACGAAGGGUGAAGUGGAUUCAAAAGAAGAAGAAGGCAGCAGAGCUCAUAAACGAGCUUAAAGAAGUGAGAUACCGUAUUAGCGAGUUGCAAUUGGCAUAUGGCAACUCAAGCUUGACUCGCAUCAGACUUGUAUUGCAGGACAUCCAGGUUAUGCAACGUCGUCACUACGCUAAAGCUCAUAACUUGGAAACUUGUCUAUUAGACACGAAAGAUCAACUCACAAUUGAUCGAGACACCACGUUUCAAAACCAGUCAGACAUUGCCGCAGCUCUGGAGGCUUUACAAAACACAACACCAAAGUUGCCACAAGAAUGGGUGGAAACAAUUAGAAAUCAGUUGGCAACAACGAUAAAAACUACGAGACCUGAUCUAGCGAAGGACAACAUCACACAUGUUUGGCCCCAUCAAUCUCAAAGACGCCAGAGCCCUCAGGCCAUUUGCUCGCCACUUCAGCACUUGACGCUAUCAUUCAACCUAAGACUACUGCAAUCUCAGUGCUCGAUCAAUUGUACCUGCAGAUGCCAUGCUUCUGUUGCUUCAUACCGGCCUUGGAACACACUCCCAAAAAUGCUUCAAAUGAUCAUGGGCUCAAUAGUUUUUAAGUUUUCCAGCUGCCCUGUUUCCAGAACAACCUGCGACUUGCCUUCAUGUUCCAAGUCACGUCUAACUCGCCUCCAGAUCAGAUAUGGCUUUCCACUUUGGUCUUUCAAGUACGCAAUUUAUAUCCAGAUGGAGAAACUAUCUGCCAGCUCUAUGAUCUUUACUCUAGCAUUGAGACGAAAGAUUCCCCUCCAAGCCACCAGAGACAACAUACUUUAUCAUGCCACAUUUGGAAAUCUGAGUGCUGUUAAACGCAUCCUACACGAAAAUCCAACUGCAAUCCUGGACGUCAACUAUUAUGGUGACUCAGCCUUGUACAAAUGUAUUAGGAGCUUUUUGCCGUGGGAACUCUCGCUUCAAAUUUGUGAAGUGCUUCUUGAGGCUGGUGCAGAUCCGGACCAAGUCAAUGAGAGAGGGCUUUCAUUUCGGCAUACAAUUGCUAAUCUGGUUCUUCAAAAAACCAUACCAUCGAUGCUUCAUUCUCGAGUUGAAGGCUUGGUUCAAAUUUCGCCGUGCUUAGAGGACCUGGAUUUUACCUUUAUACAUGAGAUUGUCGUUAAACGGUGUCCAAUCGACUUGCUGCCCGUACUUGAGACCGGCAAUGCAGAUAUUAUGGCUCAAAUACACAGUGAAGACCGGUUUGGUAUGACUCCACUGAUGUAUGCUGUUGCUCUGGGCGACGCAAAAGCAGCCGAGGCUCUGAUCGAAGCCGGCGCCUCAGUCCACAAGAAGGGACCGGGUGGUCGUAAUCUUAUAGACUAUGCUGCCUGUCUACCUCCAAACACUUGCGCUGAUAUACUUGACUUGCUACUUGCUGCUGGCGCGAAUGCAAUUGACGCUUUCCCCACAGGAUGGAGCCUCUUACAUACAGCUGCUAUCUAUGAUAAUGUCACAAUGAUAGAUAGGUUGCUGCAAGAAGGCGCACAGCCAGAUUGUGUCGGUCCGCGUGGCAAUCGCCCGAUUCACUAUGCGGCGAGCCACAACUCUGUUAAUGCCGUUCGCUUGCUAUAUGAGAAAGGUGCCGAUGUAAAUGCACUAGCUGACAACGGCUUAUCACCGCUCGGUGUAGCGAUUCGAGACAAUGCUACCGACGCGCAGGCGGCGCUUCUUGAGCUAGGUGCUGAUCACACUAUAACCGGUGACUGGGGAACUUAUUUUCACGUGGCGGCUUAUCGGGGUAACGAAAGAACCUUCGACACACUGUCUUGCCUUAAGUUCAGGGGCUUAGAUGUCGAUGCCAGGGAUGCGGAAGGGAUGACAGUAACCGAGGUUUAUGAAAGCCGCUACGACAAGACGGAAGAGCUGACGAAAUCAUUCUGUCAACUGAGGGAUUUUAUCAUAUCACGAUCCCCAGGUGAUUACUCAAGCAAGGACGAAAUUGGGCAUGCGGAUGAAUUCUUUGAUGCAUAUGAGUUCUUGGGCGGUGAUGGGUUGUGUUAG